CAAAGCUCUGAUGAUCUUAUAGCCUUUGAUCACAUAAUAUAAGGCUAAGUAAUAUGAUCGAAGGGACACUAUCAGCGGUAAUCUUCUUCUUUACAUUCUUUUCUCUAUCUCAGCGCACACUAUAUAUACCUCUUUCAUAUUCCCCAAAAAAGGGGUAUUUCAAAAUUGUCCCGCCAAUCAGAGCGAAAUGAAGGAGCACCAAACUCCACGGAAGGACUAUGGCCGUCCCUCAGAGCUUUCGAAUCGGAGAUCCAAAGACUCCUCGUCCAAGAAGCUCCAAAAUAUCACCAAGAAAAGCUUGAACGCUGCAUUCAUCUCUGUUUCCGAAGAUGCUUUGGAAUCUUCAAACGAAUCGGUGGAUUUAUCUUCGAUUUCUGAGAUCACUGACUUUGAUCACAAUGGAGAAAUCGCAGAAAGCUUCUUGAUUGCGGAGAAUCCGUCACUUUUUGGUUCAUCUGAAUCCUCUCCUCCUUCUGACCUUACUCCAUCUUCCACGAUCACCGCUGGCAUGCAAGAACCAGGACAGCUUGACGGAACCAUCGAACCAACUGGUUUGAAGACCGGUUCUGUGGAGUUGGAGAUCGUGGUCGACAUUCUGAAAAGAAAUCGAACUCAAGUCCUGAACUCAGCGGAUGUAGAUCCUCAAUCUAAGAAGAUUCUGGACGCACUGAUUGAGAUCGUUAUUGAGGAGUUCUAUAAUCGACCAAAAGAGAGAGACCGCUUUGCUGAGCUCGUUUCAAUCAAAAUUCAAAUAGUGCUCCUCUCUUUCUUCUUGUGGAUGCUUGCAGUGGCAGUAGCUUUCUUCUUCGGUUCAGCGGUCCAACACUCUUCCAGCAGACAUCUUCCAACCUGAACAAGCAUUAGUGGUGAGAGCUUUAGUUGACAGGCUUAGUAGGUCUACUUUUGCUGCUUUUGUCAUGCUUUGCAUUUUCGUUUCUCUCAGAUAAACUUUGCUACAUUGGAGUGUAUUGAACUGGAAAGUUCUAGUUGAUCACUACAUGUGUAAAUGGAAAUGAUUGGUUGAGUACUAAUUCACAAAUUGAAUAGUACAGUAGGCAUCUAUGUCAUAGAUAGAGAGCAUUUUUCUUGUUUCAUGCAGUACAUACCAAUAUUUCUUAAGUCUAAUUGCUCACAUAA